AAUGGGACCGUAUCUAAGCCAACCAAAAACAGAGAAGACUACAGUUACAGGCUAAAAUUAGGUACUCCAAUAUGCUGCCACUCAUAUGCAAGGUAUUAAAUUAUGAAUAAAUUAGGAUGGAGAAAUACAAUGGAGGAUGCUCACAUUUCAGAUAUAAAUAUAGAGCCAGAUGUUCAUUUAUUUGCUGUUUUCGAUGGUCAUGGAGGAAGUGAAGUAGCAAUAUUUGCAGAAAAACAUUUCAAAGAAGAAUUGAUGAAGAAUAAAAACUAUCUAUCAAAAAAUUAUGAAAAGGCUUUGACAGAAACAUUUUUCAAAAUUGAUAAAAUGUUAUAAGAGCCAUCUGGUUAAGAUGAGUUAAAUAAAAUAAGAGGAGUAACUGAUGAAGGUAAUAUAUAUCAAAAUUGUUUUAGCAUCUUUGGCUGGAUGUACUGCUAAUGUUGCUUUGAUUGUUGGCAAGAAUUUAUAUGUUGCUAAUGCUGGAGAUUCAAGAGCAUUUUUAAAUAGAGAUGGAAAACCUUUUGACAUGAGUAAAGAUCAUAAGCCAGAUGACGAUUAAGAGAAAAAGAGAAUAGAGAGAGCUGGAGGUUUUGUUUCUGAUGGUCGUGCUAAUGGUUUAAUAUUUAAUAAUAUAUAAGGAAAUCUUUCUUUAUCAAGAGCUUUAGGAGAUUUGGAAUACAAAAAAGAUAAUAGAUUUAAGCCUGAGGAAUAGAUAAUCUCUGCAUUACCUGAUGUUAAAGUAACAUAAUUGACUGCUGCUGAUAAGUAAUUUAAAUAUAUUUUAAUUUUAUUAGGUUCUUAUUGAUGGGAUGUGAUGGAGUAUUUGAAACAUGGGAUCAUUAAUAAAUACUUAAUUUUAUUAAUUAAGAAUUGAAAAAUAGUCAAAAUCUAUAGAAGGCUACUGAAAAAUUGCUUGAUUAAUUGUUAGCAAAAGAUACAUCAAGUAAAUAUUUAUAUCUAUUUUAUAGUGGGUACUGGCUGUGAUAAUAUGACUUGUAUUUUGAUUCAAUUUAAAUGAU